UAUAAAUAAUCUAACUUUCAUCUUUUUUUAAAGUUAAUUUUUUUAAAAAAUUUUUUAAUGAUUUUCUUAUAUAAAUAAUUAAAUUCGAGCAGAAACCCAUCUAAAGAGAUGAUCUACAAAUAUUUAGUCUUUUUCCUAUUCGUUGGGUAUGUUGCAUGCAAUAUGUUCGAUUUUAAACUUGGGUAUGUUGCAAGCAAUAUGUUCGAGGACACUAAUGCCCCCGUGUUAUUAGAAGUUGUUAAUGCUAACUGGAAAGUCGCAAUCAAUAUGUACAAGCAAUUAUUGAAAAGAGAUACCCGAGAGGACUUGUUUUUUUCUCCCUAUUCCAUGACCUUGAAUCUUCUGGGCCUGCAUAUGGGUGCCAAUGGAGGCACGGCUAACGCUAUUAGAAGUACACUGGGUUUGGCUGCAGUUACAAAAGAUCAUAUAAAUUCUCAAUCCUUGAUUUACGUCGAUGUCGUUUUCCAAAAAAAUUACGAACUUUUAUCUUCCAAAUUUUUUUAUUUCGACGAUUCGAUAAAUCUGCUAAAGUCUUACACGGAUGGCGUACGAGCAUUUUUUCUGCAAGCCGUUAAUAUAGAAUUUUUAGACCCUGUAGUGGCUGCCGCCAAAAUAAACCAGAAUGUGAGUAAAGAUACAAAUGGUAAAAUGUCCCACCAUGUUCUGAAAGAAUGGCUUACCUCCGACACUAAAUUUUUGAUCAUCAGUGCGCUAGAUUUUAAAGGUAAAUGGGAGGUACAAUUUGAUUCCGUUACCCAAGGUCAAUUUAAGACUGUCGACGGAGCGUUUAAACCUCAAACUUAUAUGGAAAAGACCGGUGUAUUUAAAAUAGGUUCCAUCCCGAAUUUAUCCCUCAGAAUUUUGGAAGUGCCUUAUUUUAAUAAUACCCUGGCAAAAUAUAUAUUCUUACCUAAUGACCACAUCGGUCUAACAGCCUUCGAAACCUCUCGCUUAGAUACGAAAACUUUGAAAGACUUAAUCGCUGCCCUAAAACCUAUGAACGCUAAGAUCUCGAUACCUAAGUUCAAGGCCUUAUCUCACCAAGAACUCAACUCGGAAUUCGAGGCCAUUGGCUUGGGUAAUCUAUUUACACCAGGCGAAGCUGAUUUUUCGGGAAUGGAUUCAAAUGCUGUAGCCGGUAAAUUGGCCCUAAAUCAAUAUGUCCAUCAAGCUGGUGUAAGUUUCGAUGUGGAUGGAGCGAAUUCCCCGUCUAAAGAAACUCCUAUAAAUCCUGGAACCACUGAAGAAUUUAAAGCAGAUCAUUCAUUUCUUUACGUCAUCAUUGGUAAAAAGAAAAACGUUCCCUUCUUUAUUGGCAGGUACAAUGGAAAAUAAUCUGACAAAUCAACCUAAUCUUAUAAUUCAAAGGAAUAUGGGUGUCAUCUUACCACCAAUGCAAAUUACAAUAAUUUUUUCUUAAAUUUUAUUAUUAGAUAAAUAUAAUAUAUUUUUUAAAUACCCAUGUAGUCAUAAAUUAAUAACAAAUAAAACCCAAUAAAAAAAAGUUUAUUUUUA